UCAUAUCCCAUACACAAUUUUAAACAGAUGCGCAAAAAAAGAGAAGGUACGACGGUUCAGAAAUCUGCCAAAUUGCUAGCUGUCAAAGGACAAAAGCAAGUCUCCAAGGUUUCCAGCGCAGAACGAGGGACCUAAGUAACAACUUGUUACAUAAUUGGAGCUUUGCGCUUAGGGGAAUGCAUUGCCACCGAUAAUGAUAAUAUUUCCUAGAGUGCAUUUCCAUUUCAAGCAACAU